CUCCCUCCAAACGAGGUCCACGUGCUUCCACCGCUGCUUCCUGUGCAAGCGCUCCGCUGCAAGCCUGCAGGAUCUAGGCCGAUCUAGCCUACUGCCUAGCCUUUCUAGGAGGUACUAGGUGUAGCGUUGCGCACGCUAGUUGCGUGAUUUGGGAAAGUGGCUGUGAGCCUGCGGUGAGGAGUGACUGUGCGAGUUCUUGACCUGAGCUUACGUGGGCUUCGUUGAUCAAUUUUUUUCCUUUGUAAUCAUUCUUUGAACUCCGCAAACUGGUCAUGGCUGGUACUAGUAAAGACAGUAGCUGGUUGCGCUUGGAAGUGUGUAGGCAGUUCAGUCGUGGAAGGUGCAGUCGCAGUGACUCUGAGUGUAAAUUUGCUCAUCCCCCAGCUUCUCUGGAGUCUUUUGGUGGAACUGUGACUGCUUGCUUUGAUUUCUUGAAAAAGCGCUGCCGUCGUGAAAACUGUAGGUUUUAUCAUCCACCUGAGCACAUUGUGACACAGCUUGUUACCACCGGUGGUAGCUUCUCGUCUGGUUCAGCAUCGUCAGAGCUCUCUUUUGAAGCAGCACAACUCAUGGGUCGCCAGGAUAAAUCUGACCGGCUGGAGGUAUGUCGGGAAUACAUCAGGAAGUCGUGCCAGCGGACAGACGAUCAGUGUCGGUAUGCUCAUCCUCCGGAGCACAUCCAGAUGGACUCGCGUGACUACACCGUCACAGUAUGCAUGGACUUCAUGAAGGGCCGGUGCUCUCGCGAGAAGUGCCGCUAUUUCCACCCACUGCCGCAUCUCCAGCACCGCGUCAAGCAGCAGCAAGCUCCAGGCUCAGCAGCCGGCUCAUCCGCCAUGCUCAUGGAACAAAUACUCCUCAACGCGCGCAAACGGCCUAGCUCUACCCCCGCUGAUGUGCUAUCGAAUGACUAUCGCAGGCCUACGAUGCCAUACACUCAUCCGGCUGCUUCCGCCGCUGCCGCUGCUGCUGCCGCAGUUGGCCAAACACAGUUCGCAUCAAUACCACAGGCGCAAUAUGACCCAGCAGCAUAUGCGGCGUAUGCAGCAGCAGCGGCGGCAGCUGGUGGUCAGCAACAGCAGCAACAGCAGCAGCAACAACAACAACAAAUGAUGAGUGAGUUACAUUGUGAUCAGCCAAUGUUUUAUCAAGGGGCCCCAAUGUUGCACCACACUUUUCCACCUGGUCCAAUGCCUGGACCAUAUGUUGGUGUUGCUCCAGUACCUCCACCGUUCAUUCCAGCGCACCUUCCCACGGCUCCAACCCCUGUCGUGUUUCAGAAUACAUCUGUCAACACAGAUGCACUGAAUGCAGAAGUGCGAAGCGACGGUGCGCACCUUCCCACGGCUUUAACCCCUGGCAUGUUUCAGAAUUCAUCUGUCAACACAGAUGCACUGAAUGCAGAAGUGCGAAGCGACGGUAAGGAUGAGUCUGCAUCUCAGGAGACAGAGUGCCCAGAGGCCCGGCUCCAAAAUGUAACACCUGCUGACUCGACUACUGAAGCUGAUGAAUCUAGUGAUGAUAGCACAUCAAGCUCAACAAAACCGAAUACUGCGGAAAGCUGUGGAGAUGGCGUCUCUAUACCUUCCGAAACUGGUAAAACUGAAAACGUCAGCUACUUGUCUGCAUCAAACGUUAACCCAUCACACAGCGUCUCUGGACCUUCCGCAUCAAGUGCUAACCCGCUUAUGCCACUGCCAAAAACAGUUCAAGUUGGAAACAUGUGUACCACUCAGCCGCCGUACGCGCCUGCUCAUCAGCUCCGCUAUCAAUACAUGCCAUCUCCAACGUAUGGAGGUUCAGCACCACCAUAUGUACAACCAUACGGGUCUAAUAUGGUGAGGUACCCGUUUCCAUUUCCUGCGCAAAUGCCGCCUCCAGUCCCUGUGAAUCCGUACGCACAGUAUAACGGCCCAGUUCACGAAUUCCAGCAAGUCACUGCGCAGAUGGGGAAAAUGAAUGUAUACUAGAAGUACACCUGAUGAUUUUUGUUCAUCCUGCAUUGGACAGGGCCCACGUGAUACCCUGAAGAUGAAUUCACGUCAUAUUACAUCAAAGCACACGACCCAUGUAAAUAGAUUUUUGCUUGCAUCCUCAAUUUUGUUCCAAUCAGUUAUCAACUAUAAAACCCAAGGACCUCGACUGUACAUGGAUGCAUGAUCAUGAGGAGUGUCACAUUCACGCACAACACACCCAACAGGUUGUCCCAAUGACAUAGUUAUGAAGGGUUCAUUUUCCAAUCACCAUUACCUUCCAUCAUACUGGAUGGUGCCUAGUCUACUGAUUUUUAGGUGCAGUGCAGCACCGUGUUUGUUGUCAUGGUAAAGCAACAUUGUGGAGUUACCUGAUGUGCUUUCUUUCAACCUCUGUUAUUUUCGUAUCUGUCUUAUUCGAGUUAGUAUGUGUUUCAUACCUUUUCUUCUUUUUUCUUUUUUUUAAGGAAAUUCGUUUUCUGGGUACCGUAUCCCUACCCGUUCCUCUAGCCUAGAUACUGUGCUAUAGCACUUUGCUAGCUAACUUAGCUGUGGUAGAGUAAUGAUCUUGUCCUAAACUUGAUGCAUCAUGCACAGUGAUGCCGCUAGAUUCUACAUCUACUUUAUAUCCCUUUAGCAAAUUAUUAAAGAAAUCCCGGCAGGUGUGUGGGGGUUUUUCAGCCCCUCUGUUUACCUUUCGUCCCUCCCUGUCAUGUUUAUCCUAGUCUACGUUGUACCUUUCAUUCCCAUUUCACCACCUUCAAUAAAGUAAUUCCACCUCCA